UCGCGACGUACCUGCGCGAUCGAACACGAACCGGCGACACGCAGCGUACGGCGUACUCGCACGCGCGCAGCACACCCACACGGGCUCCGGAGCGGCCGACUACGAUUCCGCCGCGCGCGCCGCGUCGUGUGCCCUGGCUACCGACGCCGUUUACGUUUUGACGUGUGUACACUCGUGCGUCUGCUGCUCGCGCGGACGACACACGCGGUGAUCUGUUCGCCACCGCCGCCGACGUCGACACACCGUAUUUGACCGCCGAUAACCUGCUCGUACACAGAUAUAAAUAUUUGUUUCUGUCCACCACUUUUGCUCUCUCUCUCUCUCUCUCUCUCUCUCUCACUCACUCUCUCUCUUUCUCUCUUUCUCUAUUUGUCCCGAUCGGACGACGGUCGUUUUCCUCCCUUCUCGUCCGUCUCCUAACGUGUCGACUCCGCACCGAACGUAUUUAUCCGAUGUUUAACACAAGGAAUUAAAAUAUGCGCACGUGUAUUUUUGAGUACAUAUAUACAUGCUUAUAUAAGUGUGGUUAAAAUGAAGUACAGUACCCCGUAAGAAUUGAAGUACAGCGAUCAUUGUAAAUCAAUAAUGUCUGCAGCCUAUCGCAAAAUGCGUGAACGUAAACUUACUAUUUGACGCGGCCAAAAAAAGCCGAUACCGAUGGCCAUGGAGAACUGCGCACAGCUGCUGGCCCAGGACCUGCACAAGUACUGUUACUUCCGGAAAGCGGUGCACUUCUGGGCGCAACAGGCGCUGCUGCCGGCCGUGGUGGCCGUGGGCGUGGUGGGCAACAUGCUGUCCGUGAUUGUGCUGACCAGGGAGCCGAUGAAGAGCUCCACCAGCACUUAUCUCACGGCGCUGGCCGUGUCCGACCUGUUCUAUCUACUGUUCGUGUUCACCAUAUCGUUCGAGAACUAUCCGUGGAUCGUGGACGCCGACUACUACAUCUACUGGAAGUGGUACCCAUACGGGCUGUGGCUCACCGACGCUGCGAGUAACACUUCCGUGCUGCUGACGGUCUCGUUCACGGUGGAGCGGUACAUAGCCGUGUGCCAUCCAUUGCGCGGCCGAGUGCUGUGCACCGAGUCCCGGGCCAAACGCGUCAUACUAAUCGUCGCGCUGUUUUGCAUCGCGUGCACGGCCACCACGCCGCACGAGUGGCACAUCGCCAUCGACUCGGCCACGGGCAAGUUCAAGAAGAGCAGCACCGAGCUGGGCCGGAACGACAUCUACAAGAAGGCGUACAACUGGUUUUGCAUCGUCACGUUCAUCUGCGUGCCGCUGUUGGUGCUGGCCGUGCUCAACUGGUUCCUGAUCAACGCGGUCAACCAGAGCCGCAGGAACCGCACUCGGCUCACGUGCCAGGGCAACGUGGUGUGGAACAGGCAGCGGCAGGAGAACAAGAUGACCAUGACCCUGAUCGCGGUGGUGAUCAUGUUCUGCGUGUGCCAGACGCCGACGGCCGUGAUGAUGCUGACCGCGUCCGUGUACGAGCCGCCCGAGCGGACGCCCGCGUACUACGUGAACCGCGGGCUGCACACCAUCUUCAACUUCCUGAUGGUGGUGAACGCGGCGUCCAACUUCAUGCUGUACUGCGCGAUGAGCCGCAAGUACAGGCGCACGCUGUUGGUCACGUUCUUGCCGUUCCUGGCCGCGCGGCACGCGCGCAACGCCACGCUCCGGUCGUCCGUCAGCUACCCACGGUCCGGCGGCACCAUGAUCCGGCGCAACACCGAGGUCACGCAGAUGACCGACAUCGGGAACGCGACGGCCGGCAAACGGGAACCGCUCGUCGUCCGCGUCAAUCAAAACAACAGGACAACACAGGCCGCCGCCACCACCACCACCACCACCAUCGGCUGCGGCAUGCCGACCGCUACCGACGACGUGCUCUGAUCGCGCGCCGUCCCUGACCGUCCGAUACGAAUAACAUUUUACGAUUUACGUGUACUAUUCGUACACGUAUGGCGCGCGUAAACAUUUCUUCCGCCCAACACCGAUUCUUCGUUGUACAUACGUUAUUAUUAUUAUUAUUAUUAUUAUUAUUACGCCGUCCGCAGCCGUAUCCCAACGGCGGAUCCGGUGCGCGUUCAUACACCGUACUCGAUUUCCCCCGUUUACACGCCCGUCGAGAUAAACCGUCUCGUAAUGAUUUGUUCGCACGUCCCACCGUCUCUUAUCGCAUCAACCCGCCCUUCCUCGAACUCCCCUACUAUCAUCGUUCGCAAUCGACUAAAAAUAAUAAUACAGGUACAUCCGGGCCGUAACGGGAAAACCGUUUUGCGGUUGCGGUGGGUUACAACGACGAGUUUCGGUUUCCACUCCCCUACUUGAAUCCACUGUACACGUAUGCACAUAAGUAUGUAUAAAUAUGUAGUAUCCCUUUCAGUGCCCGGCCCGAAGUUUGCGUUCAACGCGUUUUCCCGCCCGACGAAUUGCUGGUCCCACGCGCGAUUCGCAACCCUUCCGGCGUACGCCUCGCGGUGUCACGCGAACAUCUCAAGUCUUACCUCCAUGCGCUCACGGGUGCCGACCGGGGAAGGCGAUCGCCCUGUGUCGAAAAAUUAAUAAAAAAUGAUUUAUAGAUCGUUGGAACGAUAGAAAAAAUGUUACGUGUUCCCGUAGAAUAGUGCCCAGAGGCGGAUUUAUCUUUUUUACGGCUAUAGGCACCAACAAUUUGGCGCCACCAUAUACGUUCCGUGUAUUUACAGCAGUCAUUUUCUCGCGUCUACCACGAAAAAGAUACGUUGCGCGAUGUUAUCACACGUAAGGUGUAAAAUUUGCAUUGCACAUUAGCCUUCUGAAUGGCGGUUAGUUCCGGAAACUUGCUAGCUCCAUUUUUUCAGCAAUAGUUACCCAACGGUGCUGGCCAAAAUUCUUAUAGUAGCUUACAAUUCACAAUGACAUUUCGAUACGAUUUCUAAGGCUUAUGAGCGCACCUACAGACGAGUCCAGUAUCGGAUAUAAUGCGUGUGUUUUUUAGAAGCGCAUGGACUCGCGCAGAUGUUUUCAACGGACGGAGCAUUUGGAAAAACUACUCCGUACGUACUUACACGGAUCACGUCUAUGCUUAAACUAUAUGAUGGCGGGUUCGUGCACAGGUGCCCCCGGAGUGUAGCACCACAAGUGCCAUCAUACGAAUCCAGAUUAACACAACCGUAAUCAGUUUACAAGACUUUGCUGGCAGUAUAUACAAAUAUUAAUAACAAAAGAUCGUUAUAUUUUAGCUAAAUUUUUAAUAUUUUAUUAUACUGAAAUUGCGUUGGCGCGUAAAUUUAAAAUUGAUUUCGUGGACGUAAUUAUAUAAUUGCUAAUGGAUUAUCUCUCACACGACAGGGAUUUAAAAUAUUAAUAUUAUUCAACAAGAUUUUAGUGCAUAUCUGUCACAUUUCAACAGGUAAUCAAAAUAUAACCAAAAAUUACAGUUCCACAGAAAUUUAAGCGUACUCCUCUCAGUCCUCGAUGUUGAAAAUAUGAAUAAAAGGUUAUACUUGUUUUGAAUACGCUUGCAAAGUCAAAUAGAAUAGAAUCAAUUCAGUAGUAUUAGUGUGAUUAUAGAGCUAGAUAAAUAAAUUAUACAUUAUGUAUUUACCGAAAGAUUGAUAAAAUUAAAAUUUCGCAAUAAUAUGAUAGCCUUUGGAAAAAAUUCAUUAAAUCCUAGAUUUACAUAUAUUCUAUUAUUAUAAAAAUGUUGACUUCCUUUGUUUUCCAUCAUUAUAUUUAUACCUUUUGUGUACUUAGUUUACUCGAUUUACAUCCACCACAUUUUUUUCAAUGUUCUUACGCUUACUGUUUUGAAAUAUUAAAAUUGUUAUUUAAAUUACAUUGAAAACCGAAUUUCCUAAAUUGUUUCCUUUUUGUUUUUCUAGUCAAGUUGCCGAAAAGUGUUCAUUAUGAAAUGUAUAAGAGUUUACCCUGUUACUAAUACACAUUUAGUAGACUGUAGUAAUAUUUCAUUAACGCAUAUCUAAACCCAUAAUAUUAACAAAAUCCUAACGGCCAAUCGGGUUAUAAUUUUUUUUUCAAUCUACCCGAAACUGAAUAUCGGUAAAAGCGUAAUGAAUAUAACCUAACAUAACUUUCCCCAUUUCAAACACAAUACAAUGUCCAAAUUCGGAUAUUUUUCGAGUUCUUAUCUUCCGCCUUGUCCUCAUAUUUUGUACAUAUAUAUGUAUAUAUACAUAUAUAUAUAAUUGUAAGAUCGUAACACCAUUGUAGUUAGGUUCAGAUUUGAACGCAAGACAAACUGUUAGAGUGAAAUUAAAAUGCUAGAACAUGUAUAACAUAGGUAUAUGCACGCUUAUGCUGCGGCCUUUAGUAAGCGUGCGAUUUUUAUGUGGCCCAGAGCAACUGCCUCGAACCCUCAUUUCGUAAACCUAACCGGACCUUGAGCGUAAAAGUAAAAAAGAAAGCUUAAUUUUUUUUCGAAAAUGUGCUAACACACGGCGGGUACAUCAUGUAUAUAUUUAAUGAAGGUGCACGUAUCGCGUACAGUGUACAUUUGUAACGUUAUAUCGAAUAAAUGUGCCGUUAAAUUAUAUUUUAUUCUCGUUGUACGUACUAUCAUAUCAUUAAAUACAUAUGUGCACAUUAGUUUAGACGUGUACGUGGGGGCAGGCAGCACCUGAAAUUUUCUAAAAGUCCGAUUGACCGUGUGAUCAACCAAUAUUAAUAAGUGGCUGUAAAAAUAUGCAAGCUUUGUAGGAAUAUCUGCUAGAAAUUAUUCUUAAGUUAAACCAUCCUCCCCCCCCCCCCCGAAAUUCAGUAAAACUUAUUAAUAUGUUUUUAUAGAAUAAAAAUGGUACAUAGAAUAUAUUAGUAUGAAAAUGUACAACCUAAAGUCCCUCCCAAAAUAUUUUUUGUCUACGUGUCAAAUAACAGCCCUCAGAAACCAUAACGCGAUCCAUCUUUCAUUUAAUGGUACGUGAACAUGGUAAAUAACAAUUUAGUCUCGCCGUGAACUAUGGUUGUCGACAAAGUGUAAUAUUAGUUCUAUAGUGUGUUCUAUUUAAAUAUAUAAUAAUACACGUAUCUUUUGGUGUGUACUUCUGUAGUGUACUGAAUACAAAUAAUCAGUUUUUCAUAAUAUUUAUAAAAAUUUAGUUUGACACAAUACAGUCAAUACCUUCAGUGGUGACUGAGGCACCCCGAAAACCCGGGUAGGUAUAAGUUAUACAAACUAGCAAACAAGCGACUAGUGUUACACGAGCAGUUAUAGCUUGAGGCCCAAACUUAAAAAUUCUGGAGGGCGUUGGUGGAUAUGGCCACCUACCCGCCCUAACAAUCCACCCCUAGUUACCUUUGAAAUGAUUCAUAGUUAAAUGUACCAAUGAAUAUGAUGCAACUGGAACUUGCGUGACUGCCCACAUCUAAACGCAUAAUAAUUAGUCUAUAGUUAAUAAAUUAAUAUCUUAUUAAUAGUAUUAUAAUUAUUAGUUAGUCAUAGUUUGUGUGACUAUUGAUUAGACAUUAGUUAUAUACAUAUAUUAAAUAAUCAUUUAUAUAUAUAUAUAUCCAUGAGACGGACAUUUUCUACAGAUUGUAAAUAAGAAGUACAUUUUUACCUUGUUUAAAAACGACUUUUGGGUGAACGUGUUUUAAACUACUUAUACAUUUAUAAAUAUAUAGGUAAAUAUACACAUUAUAUAUGUAUAAUAAAAUUAAUUAUUAAGUAUACUCAUAUAAAGGGACGGUAGAUGUAUUUUAAUUAUCGUCGACUACUCAUCUGUUACCAUAUAAAUGUAAAAUAUUAUUAUUUACUGUCUUAUAUUAUAUAUAUUUUAGUGGUGUUAGCUGUGUGUAAUUUAUAGGUACCCCUUCUACAGCUAUUAUUAUAUCGACCUUUAAUUUUGUUACUCGCAUAAUAAUAAGUUGAGAAUUUUUUUUU